AUGGCGAUCCUCCGACAGCAUGAACGCAAUCGUUCCGUGACGUUUAUCAAGCGCAAGAACGGCCUGUUCAAAAAAGCAUACGAGCUCGGUGUGUUGUGCUCUGUCGAUGUCGCCGUCAUCGUCUUCGAAGAUCGCCCUGGACAUGGGCUCCGAUUGUACCAGUACUGCUCGGGAGACAUACAAGACGUGGUUAGGCGCCAGAUCCAUUUCGAAGGCGAGAGGGAUUUAAAGACCCCCGCCGACUUCAACGGUGCAAGAGGUGAUGAUAUGGGCGAUGACGACGAUGGCGAGGGCGACGAUGACGAGGGAACCCCCAAGCCAUCCUCACAGAAACGCAAGGAGCCCGCUAUCAAAACGAAGCCGUCCAAGUCAAGCGCAGCGUCCGGGAAGAAAUCGACACCCGUCUCGAUCGAGGGUGACUAUAAUAAACCAUCAUCAACUCUGCCUGUGUCAGGCGAGCGUGGGAUGCCCGCAGCGAAGCGUCCGCGGAUCGACAGCACCAACUUGGGGCCAACGUUAUCACCUCCAACGUUGCAUCAGCCUCUCCAAAGGUCGUACAUUCACCCCCCGCCGCCGCCCCCGUACGGUCAAGGCUACGCCGAUGUCAAUGAUCCUUACUCGCACUCGCAGCCACAGAGCUAUAGUUACUCGUACCCGCCCGGCAGGUCCGGCAUGGACGACGGCUACUCUAACAGCGCGGCCUACCCCCCGUACCCGCCGCGCAUGCCUGCGCAACCGCAUCAGCAUCAGCCGGUGCACGUGUAUAGUCAGACCAUCAACUCGUCUUCGUCGGGUGACGCAGCCUUCGAAUGGCCUGUGCACGGAAGUGGACCUCCCCCUCCCCCACCACCCGUGCAGACUUACCAAACGCAGCAGCAUCACUCUCAACACAGUGCGUCAUCAUCGGGCCAUGCGCCUAACUGGUUGGACUUCCUCUCGGGUGCGGCAGCGGCAGCCAACCCUCUCCUCCCGCCCCCGCCUCCGCCUCCACCGGCCCCAGCCGUUCCGCUUUCUCCCCAGUCCACUGCGAUGCCGCUUGCGAUCGCCAGCCGACGCAAACGCGAAGGUGCUGGCUUGGGCGUGUCAUGGGAGCGGGAAAGCAAGGAGAGGGAAGCUCCGGUCAAGCCUAUAACCGCCGAACUGGCGGAUGCCGGAAUAUCGGAUAAGACGACGAACGCAGCCGACGAGGAUUCGGCUCAUCGCUCGCCAAGUGAGCCUGCGAAAGUCGAGAGCGGUCAGCCGAACGAGACCUCCGCGAAAGAUCCGGAGGAGGGGCAAGCAGCGGCUGAGGCGCGAACUCGCAAGGAUGGUUCGUCGGACUCGGAAGGAGACCUCACCGCCGCGGAUUCGUCCAGUGCUGAGGCCAGCUCCGGUGCCAGUGGCGGAAAUGCAAAUGGCGCAACAUCCGUACCUCUCCAGUCCGCCACACAUAUUAUCACCGAUACCAACCUCUUCGAGGGCUUUAGUGAAGUGGAGGAUAAGGACGGUGUCUAUUCCGUCACGCCUUACUGGGUGGAUAGAUCGAUGGUCUUGAGCAAGGCCGCGCCCCCAGAACUAUAUUCUCCCGACCCAAACUUGUUCUUCUCCGGUGUAAUAGCAUGUGCGCAUGACAUACCCCAGGACGAUAGCGAGAUCCUUGCUGGUGGAAUCGGAGCUCUUGGCGGGCACUGGCGCAAUGGAUACGCUAGGGACGUGACACAUGUCUUCUCUACCGGACCGCUGUAUGACGAAACAGACGAAGACCUAGACGAGGACGCAGCACGGGACGUGUAUCGAGCUGCGAUGCAGUUCAAGGAGGUCACCGGCGUGAAGAUCGUUACGCCCCAUUGGUUCGACGACUGCAUGAAGCUUGGCAUUCGUGUCAGCGAGAAAGAGUACGAAUGGCCCAACCCAGCUGUGUUACGACCGAGAUCGCUUGUGCACCCGCCACACAUUUCUCGAGCGGGCACGACAGUGGGCGACGCCGCCGAAGUCAACACCACGGCCCCGACGGCAGGCAGGGAGGAUCGACCAACAUUCGCCGGCACCUCACGGCAGAGGGCUUACUUUCUAAGCGUGAAGGAGGGCGAAAAGGGCAUCGCAGUACCUCAGGAGCGCCAUAUUACCAACGUAUGGCAGAAUCGACGAAUUUUACUCUCGCUGACCCUGGGACUACACGGGGAGCGUCGCGAAGGGAUAGAGGCAGAGAUUACGCGGUCUGGCGGACGAAUUGUGACUUAUGGUUUGGCCGGCGGAGAUGGCUGUCGGGCUGAGGAGAUCGACCUCGUGGACGAGUGCGACGUGUACAUCACCAGGAUACGAAGCGGGCGCGCGUACGUUAAGGCCAUGGAGAAUCACAAGACCGUCGGCAACCUAAAUUGGGUUUUCGCCGUCAGUUCGUCUGGCACCUUCACGGCGCCCACUCAGACACUGCUGCAUUUCCCUGUCCCGCGAGUAAAGAUCGAGGGCUUCGAGAGGCAGAUCGUCACCAUCACAAAUUAUACUGGCCCGGCUAGAGAAUACCUCAAAAAGCUCGUAGAGCUGAUGGGCGGAACAUUCACUCCGAGCAUGUCUACCAAGAAUACCGCCGUCAUCGCUGCUUUUUUGAGCGGCGCCAAAGUCGAGAAGGCCAAGGCAUGGGGUUUGACCGUGAUCAACCACCAAUGGCUAGAGGAUUGUUUUAUACAAUGGAAGCUACUCAGCCAAGCUAACCUGAAAUACACCUGCUUUCCGGAAGGAGUCGAUUUCGCGGAGCACCUUGGGCUGCGUGGCGUUGGACGUGCCGUUCUUGAUGAUCGCAUGAUCGGCGCCGAAGAUGACACUGAUGAAGAACUGGCGGCCAUGCUUCAGGAAAGAGAGGACCUGGAAAGAGCGGAGUCUGGCAUUGCGCCACCGUCAACAGAGCCCCUCGGGGCGCAUGAAGCAGGCGUCAAGAUGACCGGCACGGAUGUCAGUAUGCAAGACGUGCAGGAAGUAGAAGCUGCCAUAUCGCUCGAGGUGGAGGACGGCGACGGCUUGAUGGUUGUCGACGAGCAACCUCUGGAGGAGUUGCCACUCAAUGGACGUAAGGCCCCAGACAAUGAGGUCUCCAGCAGCACAAAACCGCGAUCAUCGCGCAGCAGGACGCGACAAAUUGCAGACGCGGUAGAGAUACCGACCAAGAAGCCCAUGAACCGAGGUCAAGGGGCAAAACGCGCAGAGAAGGGCAAGGGGAAGCGUGUCCUGACCCCUGAAUCUGAAGACAAUGCUCAAGAUGGGACUUCGAUGCCGACGAAGCUCUCUCGAAGCGAACAUAUGGCGAGCAAGGAGAACAUUAUUGACCUUGAUUCCGAUCACGAUGUACCACCUGCACCUGUACCUCCGGUAACACCGUCGCGCAAGCCGAGGCCCCGCCCUGUUCGCGCCCGUCUGACUUCAAAAGAACCGUAUAUUCCUCCACGACCCUCACAGCCAUCACAACGGUCGAUUCCAGCACCUCCAUUCAACCCACCUUCGCCAUCCGGAGUCCGUAAUCUGACCAGAACACCGAGUCGAAUGUCACACGUGGAAUUGCCGCCAGUGGCGCACAAUGUGCCACAAAAGCUGCAAGCCGCGUCCUCGAUCCACGUCGUUGCUGAUGAAGCGCCUGCGUCUUCCAUCACGCGUGGCCGGCCAACUAAGAAGGGUGCAAAGAGCGAUGCUGAACGGCCGAAAUCCCGCACGUCCAUAGCGCAAGUGUCGGUGCGGGACACAAGUGUCUCGACAACCGAGCUGGAGGAUGUGCCAUCGGCGAGGGUAUACUCUAAACGCAGCGCUGCUAUAGCCGCGGCUCAGAAGACAGGCCAGAUGAUGCUGGACAAAAACAAGUUUGAGAAAGAGAAACGGGGACGGCUAGGAAAGGGUGACUGGGAAGACUCUGAUCGACGGUCAAGCACGGGUACCAAGAAGCGGGCUCCCACCGACACUGAGGCCACGGACGCAGCUUCGGACGGGGAGACAACGUCGAAGAAGAAGAGGCGAAUAAGUACCGAGAGCAAGGACACUCGAAAAGCUCGCGCUACGCAGGCGGCGGCGGAUGAGAAAGAAAGUGAGGACGAGCCCUCUAUCAAGGUGGUUAAGGCUACCAAGCCCGGACCCGUCUCGCGGACUACCAGCAGUGGUGCGAUAGACGGGGCGCCGACAUCAAACGGAGGCCGCAGGUCCAAGACGAAACCUGAAUCCGUCAGACUACUCACUACUCAGUUGACCUUGCCGGAGUAUGUGAUAAGGAACUUGAAGAAGUUGGGCGUCAUUGUUGUCGCAAGUCCCCGGCAAGCCACGCAUCUAAUCAUGAAGCGGAUCACCCGGACGGAAAAGUUCUUGUGCGCAUUACCCUACGUGGACUAUAUAGUCUCGGAACAGUGGGCGAUAGAGUCCGCUAAGGCGAGGUAUCUGCUACUCGAGGAAGAUUACCCCGUCGUUGACAAAGAGGGUGAACGGAAAUAUGGCUUUGAGCUAUCGAUGUCCCUUGCGAAUGCAAAGAGAAAUGGUGGCAACCUCUUCGAGGGGCACGUAUUCUACAUCACGCCGAAGCUCAAGUCUCCCGAUCCUGAGCUGGUGAGGAAUGUCAUUCAAGCCAACGGGGGCACGGUUGCUGCCAAAGGCUCGAAUCCUAGUAUCCGUAACCUGAAAGGUCAUCGCGAGCGCCAUGUGAUAUCAUGUCCCGAAGAUGCUGCCAUAUGGAUGCCUCUUGCCAAGCAACAUUACGCCAUCUACAACCCGGAGUUUGUCUUCUCUGCAGCGAUGAAGCAGCAGGCGAUUUGGGCCGAUGAGGCUGACCGCGUCGAGGGUUCAUUGAUGUAAACUGGAUUUAUUGCCUCCAUCUUUCUCGAUUCGGAAUCCACAUCCUGUAUAUAUAUCAUCCUUGCUUUCUCUUUCACGAGCUUUUACUAGUUCGGU